AUGGUGAUAUCAGACUGUGUUGACAUGCGACAGGCCAACCAAGCAAUCAUACGGGAACGUCAUCCGAUACCUGCAGUAGAUGAAAAUCUCCAGAACCUGAACCGAAGUAGUGUGUUUAGCAAACUUCUUACAGGUCAUAAGCCUUUAGAGUACAUUUAUUCAGCAAAGUCCAAACCAAAUGCAAGGAUCAGUAGAUGGGUGUUACGUUUACAACCAGAUCGAUUUAAAGUUGUCUACAUAAAAGGCAGGAAUAACAUAGCAGAUCCUUUAUCACGAUUGAUACAGGUGAAUGAGCGAAAAGUGGAACAGACUGAUACUGAUGAUUUCGUGAAACUGGUAACUUUACAUUCUGUUCCAAAAGCUAUGUCCGUUAAACAGAUAGAAGCAGAAUCUGCAAGUGAUCAAGUUCUUAAAAGUGUUCGCAAUUGUAUUCGAACAGGGACGUGGCCGAAAGGUGAGAACAAAGCACACAUGAUAGUGAAAAACGAACUGUCAGUUAUUGGAAAACUUGUGCUGAGAGGAACUCGAAUUGUUAUGCCUCAAACAAUACGAAACACAGCACUGAAAAUUGCCCAUGAAGGUCAUCCCGGAAUCGUGGUCAUGAAACGUCAUUUACGUACAAAGGUAUGGUGGUCAGAAAUGGAUCGAGAUGCUGAGGAUGUGUGUAAAAGAUGCCAUGCAUGUCAAGUUGUAAGUCAAACAUCCAAUCCAGAACCUGUGAAAAGUACGGAACUUCCAAAAGGACCGUGGCAGUUGAUUGGAGCUGAUCUGAUGGGACCUUUACCCUCAGGAGAUAGUCUAUUCAUAGUGGUGGAUUAUUAUAGCAGAUAUGUGGAAGUGGAAAUCAUGAGGAAAACGACGACCGAUAGGAUAAUAAGAAGUCUUCGCAGAAUGUUUCAAACGCAUGGUUUACCUCUACAAAUAGUAACCGAUAAUGGUCCUCAAUUCAUAAGUGGUGAAUUUAAGGAUUUCAUGGAACAACAGAACAUAGAACAUCGACGAGUGACUCCACUGUAG